ACCCGUAUCCGGUGGGGCAGCGGUUCAAGGAUUUGGAAAAGUCGAAGGGAGAAAUUUGGUACGCUUGUGGAAAUAACAUCCAAAAUCGGGUCAGUGACGAAGGGCUCGGUAAGAAUUCGCGGGUUCUUCUGGUAAACGUUACUGCUCCAAUCAACGGUUUGAAAUUCAAAGGUCAGAGUUUGUUUACCAGGUCGUAGCGGAGCAGGAGCACAUCGUGAUGGCGUCGAGCAGUACGAGCAGUGAGGAGGAGAGGAGUCUGAGGGAGUGUGAGCUCUACGUGCAGAAACACAACAUCCAGCAGCUGCUGAAGGACUGCAUCGUCCAGCUGUGUACCUCCAGGCCUGACAGACCCAUGGCAUUCCUCAGAGAGUACUUUGAGAGGCUGGAGAAGGAAGAGGCCAAGCAGAUCCUAAACCAGCAGAAGGCCAGCAGCCGUUCUGACUCCAGGGAUGAGGAGGUGUCUCCUCCCAUGAACCCCGUUGUCAAGGGUCGCCGGAGGAGAGGAGCCAUCAGUGCUGAGGUCUACACAGAGGAGGACGCUGCAUCCUAUGUCAGAAAGGUCAUUCCUAAAGACUACAAAACAAUGGCUGCCCUGGCUAAAGCUAUCGAAAAGAAUGUGCUAUUCUCUCACUUGGAUGACAACGAGAGGAGUGACAUAUUUGAUGCCAUGUUUUCAGUUACCUACAUCGCUGGAGAGACUAUCAUUAUGCAAGGUGAUGAGGGAGAUAAUUUCUACGUCAUCGACCAAGGAGAGACGGAUGUCUAUGUCAACAAUGAGUGGGUGACCAAUAUCGGGGAGGGGGGCAGCUUUGGAGAGUUGGCCUUGAUCUACGGGACCCCCAGGGCUGCCACCGUCCGAGCCAAGAGUAACGUCAAACUGUGGGGCAUCGACCGAGACAGCUACAGGAGGAUACUCAUGGGCAGCACUUUGAGGAAGAGGAAGAUGUAUGAGGAGUUCCUCAGCAAAGUCUCCAUCUUAGAGUCUCUGGACAAAUGGGAGCGUCUGACGGUGGCUGACUCUCUGGAGCCGGUGCAGUUUGAUGAUGGACAGAAGAUUGUGGUGCAGGGAGAGCCUGGCGACGAGUUCUUCAUCAUACUGGAGGGUUCUGCAGCUGUAUUGCAGCGUCGCUCUGAGAAUGAGGAGUUUGUGGAAGUUGGGAGGUUACAACCGUCUGACUACUUUGGUGAGAUUGCCCUGCUGAUGAACCGUCCCCGUGCUGCCACUGUGGUUGCCCGCGGUCCUCUGAAGUGUGUGAAGCUGGACCGACCGCGGUUCGAGCGUGUCCUGGGACCCUGCUCGGACAUUCUCAAACGCAACAUCCAACAGUACAACAGCUUCGUGUCACUGUCUGUCUGAGGGGUUUCCCCACCCCCUGUACCCCCUAAUCCCCUUUGUAACCCCAGAACGCCCCUGUACCCCCUAAUCCCCUUUGUAACCCCAGAACACACCCUGUACCCCCUAAUCCUCUUUGUAAACCCAUUACACCCCCUGUACCUCCUAAUCCCCGUUGUAACCCCAUAACACACCAUACCCCACCCCCUAAUCCCCAAUUUAACCCCAUUACACACCCACUCAAUGUACCCUCUAAUCCCCAAUGUAACUCCAUAACACAGCCCCUACCCAUGUACCCACCCCCUAAUCCCCUAUGUAACCCCAUAACGCAGCCCCUACCCCUGGACCCACCCCUUAUCCCCUAUGUAACCCCAUAACGCAUCCCCUGUACCCACCCCUAAUCCCCUAUGUAACCCCAUAACGCAUCCCCUGUACCCACCCCUAAUCCCCGAUGUAACCCCAUAACGCAUCCCCUACCCCUGUACCCACCCCCUAAUCCCCGAUGUAACCCCAUAACGCAUCCCCUACCCCUGUACCCACCCCCUAAUCCCCGAUGUAACCCCAUAACGCAUCCCCUACCCCUGUACCCACCCCCUAAUCCUCGAUGUAACCCCAUAACGCCUCCUCUUUUAGAACCAGGGUCCACCAAUGCAAUUUUGCUUCAAUGUCACUUAAAAUUAUCUUCCAUUUGCUUUGAAUUUUUUUUACUCAUCUAAAUGUUAUGCUGCCCAUCACCUAGCUUUCAUAGUCACCUAUAGGAGCACAGUUAUGUUACAGUUUAAAUGUACCAAAUUCAUAUGGUAUGCUUUCACUGAAUCUAGAAUUGUUUUCCUAUAGUUUAAACACGAGCAGUGAUUAGUAGGGGAUUGGCCGAGGUUAGGACAGGCCAAUGAUAAGAUGGGACAAUCAAACGUAACAUGGUGAAGUAAGCGUCCAUGCUGAAUAUUGUUCAGAUAUUUUUAACUAGUUCAGUUCCAAUAAAAAUAUGUCAAUGUUGACAUCCUGACAAAAUAAUUCAUAAAAUUGUACUUUUUAGAAUUACAAGAAUGCUGGGAGCAUAAUGAUUGCAUCUAAUUACUUUAUGUAGCUUUCAUGCAAUGAUAAUCAAUGGUUAUCCUCCAUUGUUACUGUACAUCAAAUCGCAGACAUUUUUACAUUUUCUCAUAUUGUUUCCAUUGAUUGGUCCAUCAAUCCAAUUCACUGUUAUUUUAUCUAGUUUGAGAGUUUGUACAACUUAAUAUAACCAUAAAGUUCUCUGUUGGAAAGCUACCAAACUAGAGCUAAAUGUUUAAUUGUUUUCACAACUCAGAACGCAUAGCAGAUUGUUAUUCUGUCAGAAGCAGUGGAACUCAAAACAGGAAGUAUCCCCAUGUUAACACUCACCUCUGAUUUGUUGGUACAUUAUUGGCUACAAUAGGGGGGGAAAAGAUUAUUAAAUGGUUUUCAGUAUUCAGCAUUUUUCAGUAUACACCAAAUAACUUAAUCGCUAUGUUUUUAAACAGAAUUAUUAUUAUAGUUAUGACUAAAGUUCUUUAUUGACUGAACGAACUAAUGUUAUGGCUAUGGUUUGGAGUGAUGGUAAAGUUAAGUACGUUUAAAUGUCUUUUUGUAAAUGCUUAUUUUUCCAUAAAUUCUAUUUUAGGUGUUCAGUGCCACAGCGUAAAUAAAUGCUUAUUCUUGUCAACCGACAGAACAGUAUGUAGUUGUAUUGUGACAAAGUCAUGGGUUAACCUCUUAAAAGUAGGCGAAAGGGCUUUAAAGUAAUUAAUAUACAUUUGAAUUGUAGAUGGUUUUAAGACUUAAUUAUUCAUGUACCGGUAUUAGAGUACAAAAGUUUAAAAGCGUUAGAAAGCAUCCCAACUGUGGUAAUUCAGACAUCAGAUUAAAUUGUCAUGAUUAUAUAUUUUAUUUUAAAGCAGCUUCGCUGUUAAAGCAUAGUGAAAAUGAUUUAUCUACUCUAUGCCUACCUACAGCAUAGUGUAAAGUAAUGAAAUGGUAUUCUCAAACUGCCCCUGUCGAUCAAACAGUUGGUCAUUCGCUACCGGCUUCACCCCAUGAAUCUUAAGAACACGUGUCAUUAGCUCUUUUUCUUCUAACUCCUGCAGAAAUCUAUAGUCUAAGUUGUAUUCCUGUUCAUUCCUGCCUCACAGCUUGCCCCUCACCCCUUUCUAACAGAAAGGACCCUUACAUACGGUAAUGCUUUUAUCCCUUUCUGAGAUAUUGUCUUUGUUUAGGCUCUGUCAUGUUUCCAAUUUUAAUCGUAUGUACAAAACAGUAUGGCUGACUGGAUGGAUGGACUUGUGUAACCGUAUGUAUGUUGAAAACCAAUCAACAUGAUACUGAGUCGAUUGCAGUGUUGCCUACUUGGUCCAAAACUUUUGUAUUGCUUUCAGAUGGUUGAUGUUCUGGAAUAUUGCAGGUGUCUAUUUGCUGACAGAUCACAACCCACCAGUGGUUGCUGGUGUUUCUUCACAUGAAGUACUGAUAUGGUAAAACACAUCACAAGAUUAGUGCUCACUAGUAGGCACACUGCAAUCCACCCGGUUUGCCUUAGCUUAUGUAACCCGGGCAUAGACACUCCUGCUAGCCUGACCUUCAGCAAGUUUGCGGGGCCUGCAGCAGGCUCUGAGAGCUGCAGGUCAUCUGAGGACCAUUCUUUUUCUAUUCUACCCAAUGACUGUACUCUGUUUGACUUCCUGUAUGUGCAAAGAUGUUUAUCCUUUUGGUAUAGAUUGUUCCAGAUGGCAGUUUAAGCAAUAAAAAGGUCAAAUUA